UACGGAUAUAAUUAAUGCAAUACAAUAGUUUAUAUAUUUUAUUUCAUUUUUUCUACAUCUUUUAAUUUGGAAUAAAUUUAGGGAUUUGGGAAAGUGGUAUGGGUGUAAAUAAAAUGUAUUAGUAGGUCAAUAGUGUUUCGAUGUGACUGCAUAUUUUAAAUUUAGAUUUUUAUUGAAUGUUUAUAUGUAGAUGAGUUUUUAUCUAAAAAUCAUGAAUUGUAAGGGCUAAGAUCUAAAGCACCAACAUGAUCAAAAUGAUGGGAUUCAAAAGGAACGUCCAUUUCUAACUUCCAGGGACAAGAUUAGAAACGUAAAACAGAAAAAGGUUAAGUUCGGAAAUAGAAAAGCGUUGGCGGUGGAGCAGGAGCAAAAAAUAAGCCAAAUCAAGUAAUCAAUCAUCAACCACGAAAAAGAAAGAGAAAAAGAAAAAAAAGGAAGAAGAAGGAGGUUGGGGGAUCGAAAUCGAAUAGAGAAGGGGAGCCAGCGAGAGGUUAGGGCGCUACAGAUUGGAUUGGGGGUGGUUGAAAGUAGUAAAUAGCAUUACACAUUUUUUAUUACAAGAGUGGGAUAAAAACUUGUUCUUCUUCUCUUUCUCACGCUCCCCCCCCACCCCCCCUUCUGUUCGUCUCCCUGAAUGCCUUACCAGUGUUCAGGACUAUCGUGGCGAUUUAUGUGCGGAGGAGCGAGGGAGAAAUAGGAGGUUGCGACGUAACGUAUUGAUGCGAAAUGGAGACAAGUUGGUGUGUAACUUUGGUCAUUCACAAAGUAUGAGAUUGAAUUCGUUCCAGCAUAUUUGCCACUCUCCGAUUUAUGUAACCUAACUUGCCAAGGAAGACUAAUUCUCAGGGGAUCUUUUGAGAGGAACAAGUGCCUCUGGCAUGCACUGCUUCCAUUCUUAUUUGCAUGAGAAUUGUCAAAAUGGCUGUAGCAGUUGAUCAACAUCAUGGAUUCAAGACAUUUAGCCGAUCCCAGAGAUGCAGAUUACAGUCCUACACUCAACUUGAUUAUAACAUUCUUGCCCACUCCUUAAAACAUGCAUUCGGUAAUGCUAAUUUUCACAAAAGCUUCUCCACCCCAUGUCUAUCCCUAACCACUGCAUCAGAGGAAGAUUUUGACACUAAUCCAAGAAUUGAGAUUGUUGGUGGCAGUAGGAUACCUAGGGUACAUGCUCUUGUAGUCGAGGUUGCCAUAUCUAUGGCGUCUGGUGCCGACCUCCUGCCAGUGUCAAGUGGACUAGGCGGUGCCUACUACUUAUGUAGCAAAAAUGGUGACAAUAUUGCUGUGGCAAAGCCCAUAGAUGAAGAACCUUUAGCUUUCAAUAAUCCUAAAGGUCUCGGAGGCAGGAUGCUGGGCCAACCAGGUUUGAAACGCUCAGUUCGGAUUGGUGAAUCUGGAAUCCGAGAAUUGGCAGCAUAUCUCCUUGACCACGGUGGAUUCGCUGGUGUUCCUCCAACAGCUUUAGUGAAAAUUUCUCAUGUUGCAUUCCACAUUAACAAAAAUGCAGCCGCAAUUUCAGCUUCACCCUAUAAGAUUGCUUCUCUGCAGCGCUUCGUGGAUCAUGACUUUGAUGCUGGAGAGUUAGGUUCUUCAGGCUUUUCAGUAGCUGCUGUCCAUCGUAUUGGAAUUUUUGAUGUAAGACUCCUGAAUCUUGACAGGCAUGCAGGCAACAUGCUUGUUAAGAUAUACGAGCAGCACAACUAUGCAGCUGGGGUGCUUGAGCUUGUACCUAUUGACCAUGGUCUUUGCCUUCCUGAGUGGCUUGAUGAUCCAUAUUUCGAAUGGUUGCACUGGCCUCAAGCUUCAGUUCCUUUUUCCGAGUCUGAAAUCGAGUACAUAUCCAAACUUGACCCCCACAAAGAUGCGGAGCUUCUACGAACUCAGAUUCCUUCUUUACGGGAGGCUGCUAUCCGUGUUCUUGUGCUAUGCACCAUCUUCUUGAAGCGGUCUGCUGCUUCAGGACUCUGUCUUGCUGAUAUAGGAGAAAUGAUGACUCGGCAGUUCUGUGCCGAUGAGGAAACGUUGAGUACAUUGGAGAAUUUGUGCAUGCAAGUUAAGAAUGCCAUGCCUACUAGAGACAACGAGAAGAAAGGAGAAAUUGGAGAAGUUGAAAUAUUUGAAUCAGACAAUGAAAGUAAAGAAGGGUUUAAUGAGGAUAUGGAUCUUCCGAGCCAUCCAGAAAUUAUCAUGUCAAGGUUUUCAUCAGCGGGAUCAAUGACUGGGUUGACCGAUGCAUCUCUGUCUCCUCUAUUCGAGGAAAAUGAUCAAACUGUUGACAACUAUGAUAGAAACACUAUAAUAGGCAGCAACAAUGUUGGUGAUGAUGGAACUACUAGUGAUGGUGGCGGUCGUAAGGUAGGGGUUUUGAUGAAGAGCGGGAGUUUCUCAGCAGCGACCCUCAGUUGUGAAACUGGGGAAGCAAUAACAUUUGGAGACAUGAGUGGAGACGAAUGGGAAUUGUUCUUGGACCAUUUUGACAAGUUUUUGGCGCACAAACUGGAGGAGGGCAACAAGUGCUUGAGCUCGAAACUGAGGUUGGGAACUUCCUGCAACUUCUGAGAAUUAAUCUUAUGGAGUGACUGUACAUUAUUGUCAAAUGAAACGAUGCUAGAUAGAGUAGAUUGUAAAUAAAUACAUACCAUUUCACCGAUUUACCAAUUUACCAUAGGUAGGUACAACCUCUAAAGGAGGAGUUGAGAUCGGUGGAAACGCCAUCCUUCCUUUCUAUGUACGUACCUGUCAGUCUUCUACGUUAUCUUGUAUUGUUGCCCUGCACUGGCAUAGAAUUGCUUCUCUUGCACAUGUUUUUGCUUGGGAAGGAUUGAAUUGUUCAGACGGUUGAUAUUGUUAACAAGUUUUCUUUCUUUUAUUUAUUUUUUUCUUCCAAAGUUACUCUUUUUCUUUUUGAGUUAAAUAAGAAUUUGUUGAGAUUCAGGUGAUCAAUUUCAAUCGAGUUAAUAUUACUUUAUCUAACCCAACUCACCUAUUGGAUGGGUGGUCGGGUUUCUAUCCAAAAGUAAUUUGUAAAUUUUACAAACCUAUCCAUUUCAGUAGAGUUGGUCGGUAAACCUAGUAGAACGUCAAGGACGUUUUCGUAAUUUUCUAGCGUUAGGGAAUAAAAUAGGAUUAAAAUUGGAAUGGGAUGUGACAA